AUGAAUUCUAUACCAGAUCAACUUCCAUCGCUAGAUUCUGUCAAGCACAUAGUCUUAGUCCUUUCAGGUAAAGGUGGGGUUGGUAAAUCCUCCGUCACAACACAAAUUGCUCUUACACUUGUCGCCAAAAACUACAAGGUUGGAGUCCUUGACAUUGACCUCACAGGACCAAGCGCCCCUCGCAUGUUUGGUCUUGAAGGCCGUCAAGUCCAUCAAUCGGUCGCAGGCUGGGUCCCCGUAUACGCACAGCCCCCAUCUUCUGGAUCGGGUUCUCUUGCCGUUAUGUCUCUUGGAUUUUUGCUUCAACAGCGUGGAGAUGCUGUUGUAUGGCGAGGUCCUAAAAAAACUGCAAUGAUCCGACAACUCCUCACAGACAUGGUCUGGGGCGACCUCGACUACCUGCUAAUCGACACACCUCCAGGAACUUCUGACGAACACAUCUCUGUUGCAGAGGCCCUUAAAAAUGCAGCUAAUCCGGAUGGAGCUGUUCUCGUUACAACACCACAAGGAAUCGCCACCGCAGAUGUCCGAAAAGAGCUUUCUUUUUGCCGGAAAGUAGGCUUCAACAUUCUGGGAGUGGUUGAAAACAUGAGUGGAUACGUCUGUCCCCAUUGUUCAGAUUGUUCAGAUAUCUUCUCCAGUGGUGGUGGCUUAAAGCUUGCACAACAGUUUAAUCUUCCCUUCCUUGGCUCAGUCCCCAUAGACCCUCAGUUUGUUCUCAUGAUUGAAUCUCAAAAGUCAAAUAAAAUUGGUAACGACAAUGAAAGCAGUUUAGAUACAAAUGAGCCUUCACUGGUUCAAAAAUAUAAAGAUACAUCUGCCUUAUACCCAAUCUUCAGUAAGAUUGUUGACAAACUCGUUGAACAAAUAGAAAAGGACGACGAGGCUGAUUCCUUAAACAUUUCUCAAGUAGACAUUAACAAACCAUAG